CCUGACUUCGCAACCGAGUUUUGGACAACUGCUCCUGUUACUGGGAAAAACCAAGGCAGUAAUGUUACUGACAGAGAUUUGAACGGGUUUCAAUCACGAACAUCUGAUAUUGGUCGCGUAAUUCCACAACAGGAGAUUCUUUCUCGUGUUGUUCCGUUUUGGGAAGUAAGUUCUUAA